UUUCUUUCAUUUUCAAAGGUAGUCAAGAAAAGCUUCGUUCAGCCAUCGUUCGAUCGGAAUUCAGCUCUCCACGGAGAGCAAUUUCCUCGCCAAGAUCCGCUUUCAUCACUUGUGGAGCCAUCUCGACCUCUAUCUGUCCGGCGGAGAACUGUGGAUUGUUUGAUUUAAAGAAUUCGGAAGUCGGACAUGGCACCUCCUGCUCAAUCUCAGCGAUCCCCUUCCCCGUCUCAACCUUCAGGAAAAGGAGAGAUUACCGAACUUAAAACCCAGCUUCGCCAGCUAGCAGGUAGCCGUGCUCCUGGUGCAGAUGAUUCAAAGAGGGAACUUUUCAAGAAGGUUAUAUCAUUUAUGACCAUUGGGAUUGAUGUAUCAUCAGUUUUCAGUGAAAUGGUGAUGUGCUCAGCAACGUCGGACAUUGUGCUUAAAAAGAUGUGUUAUUUAUAUGUUGGUAAUUAUGCAAAGCACAAUCCGGAUCUUGCACUUUUGACAAUUAACUUUCUUCAAAGGGACUGCAAGGACGAGGAUCCUAUGAUUAGAGGUUUAGCUUUGAGAAGUUUGUGUUCACUUGGUGUGACGAAUUUGGUUGAGUACUUGGUGGGGCCUUUAGGUAAUGGCUUGAGAGAUGGGAACAGUUAUGUGAGGAUGGUGGCAGCAAUUGGAGUGCUCAAACUAUACCAUAUUUCAUCUUCCACAUGCAUUGAUGCUGAUUUUCCAGAACUGCUCAAGCAUUUAAUGCUCAAAGACAAAGAUGCACAGGUUGUUGCAAACUGUUUGACUUCUCUACAAGAGAUCUGGGGUCUGGAAGCGAGUACAUCUGAAGAGGCUGCAAGAGAGAGAGAAGCCUUGCUUAGCAAACCACUUAUAUAUUACUUUUUGAAUAGGAUAAAAGAAUUCAAUGAAUGGGCACAAUGUAUUGUUUUGGAAUUGGUUUCAAAAUAUGUUCCAAGUGAUAGUGAAGAGAUAUUCGACAUCAUGAAUCUUCUUGAAGAUAGGCUUCAACAUGCAAAUGGCGCAGUUGUCUUGGCCACCAUCAAGGUGUUUUUACAUAUGACCUUGUCCAUGACUGAUGUUCAUCAACAGGUGUAUGAGAGAAUUAAAGCUCCUUUGCUCACUUUGGUAAGCUCAGGGAGUCCUGAGCAAUCAUAUGCAGUUUUAAGCCAUCUUCAUCUACUGGUGAUGCGUGCUCCAUUUAUUUUCUCUUCGGACUACAAACACUUUUACUGCCAGUAUAAUGAACCAUUUUAUGUGAAAAAACUGAAACUUGAAAUGUUGACGGCUGUUGCAAAUGAGAGCAACACAUAUGAGAUAGUGACCGAACUUUGUGAAUAUGUUGCAAAUGUUGACAUUCCAAUGGCCCGAGAAUCAAUUCGCGCAGUAGGGAAGAUUGCACUUCAACAGUAUGAUGUAAAUGCCAUUGUAGAUCGGCUACUCCAAUUUUUGGAAAUGGAAAAGGAACAUGUAACUGCUGAGACUCUUGUUCUAGUGAAAGAUCUUCUCCGGAAAUAUCCUCAGUGGAGUCAUGACUGCAUAGCAGUUGUUGGGAACAUAAGCAGCAAAAAUGUUCAGGAACCCAAAGCCAAGGCUGCUCUCAUUUGGAUGCUAGGGGAAUAUGCUCAAGACAUGCAAGACAGUCCUUACGUUUUAGAAAGCCUAAUUGAGAACUGGGAUGAGGAGCCUUCUGCAGAGGUCCGUCUGCACCUUCUUACAGCAGUAAUGAAGUGCUUCUUCAGAAGGCCACCUGAGACUCAAAGAGCCUUAGGAGCUGCUCUAGCUGCGGGUCUAGCCGAUUUCCAUCAGGAUGUUCAUGAUAGGGUGUUAUUCUACUACCGGCUUUUAAAGCACGAUGUUGCUUUAGCUGAACGCAUCGUAAAUCCUCCCAAACAAGCUGUUUCAGUCUUUGCAGACACCCAAACAAGUGAAAUUAAAGAUCGCAUCUUCGAUGAGUUCAAUAGUCUCUCUGUUGUCUACCAAAAGCCAUCCUAUUUGUUCACCGAUAAGGAGCACAGAGGGCCAUUUGCAUUCUCUCAGGAGCUUGGUGAUUUGUCCAUUGCCACAGAGCCUGUAGAUACAGUAAUUGCAGCGCAGGGAGUCGAGGCAAAUGACAAAGACUUGCUACUAAGUCUUUCUGAGAAGGAAGAAAGCCACGGCUACGGUAACAAUGGUUUGGAAUACAAUGCUCCUUCCUAUGAUGCUUCUACAACAGACUAUUCACAGGGUCACUUGGACCUAGUAUCGCUCGACCAACCAUCUACGGUGCACAUGUCUACUACCUCUGCAAUCGAUGAUUUACUCGGGCUGGGAAUGUCAGUUCCUACUUCUGCAGCUUCCCCUUUGCAGCUCAACGCCAAAGUAUCUAUAGAUCCCAAUGGAUUUCAGCAGAAAUGGCGCCAACUCCCUGUAUCUGUAUCUGAGGACAUUUCUAUCGAACCACAAGGAGUGGCUGCGAUGACGAAUCCACGGGCACUCCCUCAGCAUAUGGAGAGCCAUAAUAUACACAUUAUAGCGUCGGGAGGUCAAGCCCCGAAUUUCAAGUUCUUUUUCUUUGCGCGGAAGGCGGAGGGGUCGCCGGCGGCAAUGUAUCUGGUGGAGUGUGUGAUAAACUCGUCGUCUUGUAAGGUGCAGUUGAAGAUCAAAAGUGAUGAUGAGAGCACAUCACAGGCAUUCUCAGAUUUGUUCAAAACAGCCCUCUCCAAAUUUGGGGUGCUUUGAAAUUGAAGUUGAACUUUCCAAUCCAAUGCAAUGCAAUGCAAUGGUUUUUAAGUUACUCACUUUUGAAUUUUUUAAAUUUUAAUUUUAAUUCUAAUUUUAUGAGGAAUAAAUAAUGGUUUGGUUUGUUUGCAUAGCUUUUGAUGUA